CGAGAGGAGGCUUCAGGCGGGAGGCGGUUCCGGGCGGCGGCCCUGCUGGAUCUGGCUGAUCCUCCGCGUCCGGACUCCGUGUCAAGCCGUCUGGCUGUAGGGAAGCAAGUGCCCGGGACGACCUUUAUCCACUCCCAAUGCUGCCCUCCUGGAUACCGGGCGCUGCCGCCGGGAUUGUUUCCUUGCACUUCAUCCAGAAACUCCUCUUCCCGUAUUUCUGGGCUGACCUGAGGUACCUGAUGAAAGUACUGAUGUAUGGACUGAGAGUGGAGAUGUACCGGCUGCAAGGAAGGAUUGUCACCGUCCUGGACAAGUUUGUGAAACUGGCUGAGAAGCAACCCCACAAGCCGUUCCUCAUCUACGAAGGGAAGGUGUACACCUACCAGGAUGUGGACAGGAGGAGUAACAGGGUAGCACAGGUCUUCCUACAGCACGAGGUUCUGAAGAAAGGCGACACGGUGGCCAUGCUUAUGGGCAAUGAGCCAGACUUCAUCCAUGUGUGGUUUGGACUGGCCAAGCUGGGCUGCGUGGUGGCUUUCCUCAACUUCAAUGUCCGCUCCAGAUCUCUCCUGCACUGUGUCAGUAGCUGUGAGCCCAAGAUACUGGUUGUGGGAGCAGAUUUGCUUGGGACACUGGAAGAAAUUCUUCCUAACCUCCAAAAUGAUGUUAGUGUUUGGAUAAUGACUAAGGACUCCACUUUUCCAAGCGUGCAUACUCUUUUAGACAAAAUAGAGGCUGCAUCUGAAGACCCUAUUCCAGUUAAUCAAAGCUCUGCCAACAACCUCAAGUCAUCUGUUCUGUAUAUAUUUACUUCAGGAACAACAGGUCUUCCAAAAGCUGCAGUCAUCAGUCAUAUGCAGAUUCUUAAAGGAGCUGCAGGACUGUGGGCUUUUGGCGCUACUGCAGAAGAUAUAAUUUAUAUUACUCUGCCUCUUUAUCACAGUGCAGCAUCUCUUCUUGGCAUUGGUGGAUGCAUUGAAUUGGGUGCAACCUGUGUGUUAAAAAAGAAGUUCUCAGCUAGUCAGUUUUGGAGUGACUGCAAAAAGUACAAUGUGACUGUCAUCCAGUACAUUGGAGAACUUUGUCGUUACCUUUGCAGCCAGCCAGUGAAAGAAGGUGAAAAAAAUCACAAAGUCCGACUAGCAGUUGGAAAUGGAGUGAGAAACGAUGUGUGGAGAGAAUUUUUAGACAGGUUUGGUGCUGUUAAGAUCUGUGAGUUUUAUGGUGCUACUGAAGGAAACAUUUGUUUCAUGAACCACACAGGAAAAAUUGGAUCUAUUGGACGCACCAACUUCUUUUAUAAGCUUUUUUUCCCAUUUGAUUUAAUCAAGUAUGAUUUCCAAAAAGAUGAACCAAUUAGAAAUAAGCAUGGUUGGUGUGAAAAAGUUAAAAAAGGUGAGGCUGGUCUUCUCAUUUCCAAAGUCACUGCGAAGACCCCCUUCUUUGGUUACGCUGGCAAUAAGAGACACACAGAAAAUAAAUUACUCUGUGAGGUAUUUAAGAAGGGAGAUCUUUAUUUCAAUACUGGAGACCUACUAGUUCAAGACCAUGAGAAUUUUCUUUAUUUUUGGGACAGGAUUGGAGAUACUUUCAGAUGGAAAGGAGAGAAUGUGGCAACUACAGAAGUUUCCGAUGUCAUUGCAAUGUUGGACUUCAUACAAGAAGCAAAUGUGUAUGGUGUAUCUGUGCCAGAUCAUGAAGGAAAAGCAGGAAUGGCCUCGCUUAUUUUAAAGCAGAAUAUGUCAUUAGACUUGGAGCAAAUGCAUAAGCAAGUAGUGACAUAUCUACCAAGUUAUGCUUGUCCUCUUUUUUUAAGGGUCCAGGAAAAAAUGGAAAUGACUGGAACAUUCAAACAACAAAAAUUUCGACUGGUGGAUGAAGGUUUUAAUCCAUCUACAAUUACUGAUCCUCUUUAUUUUUUAGAUAAUUCUAAGAAAGCCUAUGUCUUGUUAACAAAAGAAGUACAUGAGAUGAUCUUAUCUGGGAAAGUGAAACUUUAAUUAAACUAAUGGUAGGCUAUUCAGGGAUAGUCUAUACAAGGUACUGUACAAAAAAAAAACCCCAGAUUAAUUACCAGUAUUUAUAUGUAGUUAACCAGAAUAACAUUUUAUAUGCUUGAUAUUUACAUUCAGAUAUGUCUUGCAUCUUUCCUCACUUUAUCAUUUUUAUUCACUAAUCAUUUUUUACCUCUUGAGACCAGUUUCUAACUAAAAAACCUGUAAAAUAUGAUUGAAAUCUAUUUUAUCUUAAUUUUGCAAUAUAAAUGCUAAGUCUGAUAUUUUUUUUUUGUACUAAAUUAACCUGGAUGAUGUGAUACAAAACAUAGUAAAAAAAAGACUCAAUAUAUUAAGAGAUUAUGACAGAUUGUUUUUUUCUAGAGAGAGAAAAUAUGCUAGUAACAUCCUUUUUUCCAUAUAGUUUACAUUUCAUAUACACUUUUUAAUAUGUUUUUUAAUAUAUAAGGACUUGGCAGUGAUUAGAAGAAAAAACAACUCUUCUGCUGAAGAUUUUCUGGUGGAACAUAAGAUUAAAAGAGAGCAGAAGCAGAAGAAAGCCAUUCACCAAACCCAAAACUAAGACGUCUAUACUGUUUAUUAUGCUGGGUAUUUGGAUUCUUAAGAUUGUUAAGACAGAGGAGAUUUUUAUGAAAUGUUUAGGAGCUAGCAGCAGGACAACAAUAGGCAGAGAAAAUGUACACAACAGGGAAAAUCACUCAGCAUAAAAGAAUUAUUACAGCACUUUAUUUCAUACAUGUUGACUAACAAAUAGCUUCCUUAUCUUCUUAAUGAUUGACAGAUUAUUAUUUUAUGAGUGUAAAACAGCAGAAUUUUUUAAAGUCUAAAUCAUAUGUUCUAACAC